AUGGCUUUCAUUCGAGACAGCGUGCUAGGUGCUUGUUUCCGUCAAGUGUUCAAUUCUCAGAUCUUUCAGUAUUCUCAUGAUCGAAAUCACUAUACAACACAGGUGUCUGGGCUUUCGACGCCUUCCGAAGAUGAAGCCGGCUUUGAGAAAGGCGUACAGCUUUGCGACUGGAACGGAGCGAAUGAUCCAGAGAACCCGAGGAAUUGGAAGAGAUCCAAAAAGUUGCUGAUUGAAAUUGGCAUCUCCUGCUAUGCCUUUGUGGUGUACAUGUCGGCGCCCAUCUGGACCCCUAGCGAGGCGCAGUUCAAGCAGGAGUUUGGUACUGGCUAUGAAUACACUGCUCUCGGAUUGGCACUCUUCGUUUUGGGCUAUGGCACCGGGCCUCUUCUGUUCUCACCUCUAAGCGAGAUACCUAGCAUUGGACGCAACCCUCCAUAUGUGGUGACAUUCAUCAUAUUCAUGGCCGUCAUCAUCCCAACUGCGCUGGUCAGGAACGCUCCGGCAUUCAUGUUCCUUCGAUUCGUGCAAGGCUUCUUCGGUAGCCCUGUCCUCGCCACGGGAGGCGCAUCUAUCGCUGAUGUAUAUGACGAUGCUCAUGUCUCAGUGGCGAUGAGUCUUUGGGGAUUUGCCUGCUUUGUGGCUCCGCCUGUAGGAACGACCAUCGCAGCUGCCGCCAUCAACAGUCUCGGCUGGCGCUUUUCUAUUUGGGAGAUCCUCAUUGCGAGCGCUCCCAUCCUGAUCAUACUGUUGAUCCUCCCAGAGACGAAUCCCGACACGAUACUCUACAAUCGAGCGAAACGCCUACGUCGCGCCACCGGCAACGAACAGAUUCGCUCGCAGUCAGAGAUCAACCAAGCGCAUCUCGACUUCAAAACAAUCGUCAAGGAGUCGCUCUACGUACCCGCCGCGGCGACCAUUCAAGAUCCUGCCGUUCUUUUCGCCAACGUGUACUUGAUGCUGAUCUAUGGCAUCUAUUACUCAUUCUUCGAAGCAUUCCCGCUGGUAUACCAGGACAUGUACGAUUUUGAUCUCCUACAGCAAGGGUUGGCGUUCAUGCCUAUCGCCGUCGGCACCAUCAUCGGCGCCCCUGUGUACAUCACCCAUCUAUGGUUCAGUCGAAGACCAAAGCUCAUCGCCGGCGAGAAACUGCCCCCAGAAACAAUCCUUCGACCAGCCCUCAUAGCCAGCUUCUUCCCACCCAUCGGCCUCUUCCUCUUCGGCUGGACGUCCAACCCCAACAUCCACUGGAUCGUCUCCAUGAUCGGAGUCGCAAUCUACCCCAUGGGCGUCUUCAUCGUCUUCCAGACCCUCUUGGUGUACUUGGCCGCCUGCUACCCUAGAUUCGCCGCGAGUCUCUUCGCCGGCACGGACUUCACGCGGUCAGCAUUCGCACUCGCCGCAAUCCUCUUCGCGAGACCGAUGUUCCUGAAGUUAGGCGUUGGUGGGGGCUGUAGUCUGCUUGCUGGGUUGAUGAUCUGCUGUAUCUUUGGCAUCUUUGCGUUGUAUCACUAUGGACCUGCUCUGCGGGAGAGGUCGAAGUUUACUGCGAAAUUCUGA